AUGGGGAAACCAACAAAGCAAAAAAAACCUCGAGAUCAAAUUCGCCAAAAAAAUAACGAAAAAAAAAUAGUACAUCAAAGACAUUCGGCGACAACUUUUGAAUAUAAAAAGCAAAUUGAGUUAUUUCGUGAAAAACUUAACUUAUUUCCCGUGCCUUUCAAGAUCAGCGACAUUUAUGAUGUGAAUGACAAAAAUAUGUUCAUUAAAGACAGUAAAGUCAAAAGACCUUCAAACAGUUUUAUAUUGUUUCGCCUCGUUGCUAAAAAGCUUAUUAAAAAUGCAACACUAUCAAAUAGCGAAGGGUCUUUUUUUGCUAGUUUAGAACAACCUAUGGUUUCUAAAAUCGUUGGCGCACUUUGGAAGCAAGCUACUAAAGAAGAAAAAAAAUCAUACGAGGAAUUGGCCGAGGAGCUAAAACAAUUGCAUAUGCUGCAUCAUCCUGAUUAUAAAUACAAGCCAAAGCGCGACAAAGCGAUUUGGAAGCUUAAACCCCAAGUAGACAAUAUGGAAACUAGUUCUGGGCCCAAUGGCAACGAAAUUAAUUUCAACGAAAACGAAAGUAAUUUUAAUGAAAAAAAUAGCGCAAUCGACUUGAGUGAAAACGACGAGAUUGUCAAUCCAGGUGAAUUUAAUUACGAUGAAAGCGUAAUCACUCCCAAUGAUGAAUUUAAUUUCCGAGGAAACGACAUUUUCAAUCACAAUUAUGUAAGCGAACUUCAGUUCAAUGAAUAUAAUGAUAAUCUUAUUCCUAAUACACGUAAUAUAAUUGAUGAGCCUAAUUUAGAUUCAAGCAGUCAAAUUUACUUUAAUAAUAAUUUUUCCUUCGAUCCAAGUCUUUGUUUUCCGAGCAAUAAUUAG